CAGCAAUAAGUAAUUGUUUUAUCACUAGACUCUCUAUAAAACCUGCCGAGCAGAUCAAUGCAUCAGUUGUUCUCAAUCUAAACUUCUAGGCUCAAGAUGAAGUCUUACCGUCCUGUGGUACUUAUCGUUUGUGUUUACAUGCUUCUGGUGGCAGAAGCAUCAAAUAAAAAUUCUUUUGAUCAAAUUAGAGGCUGCAGGCAGUACAACAGCGUAACGAACUAUCACGGUCCGGUUCAAUACUUUCCCACGGACAGCUUCCUAAACGUCGGCCGUACAAGAUUCUCCAAGCUGUACAAAAUUGCAAUCGUAGGGCCUAGCGAUGGCCACAUUCGGUUUGGAAAAUCUGUAUUUCCCUACAACAGUGAUGUGAUCGAGAUUGUGCUGGGAGGCUGGGGCAACACCAAGAGUGCUGGCCGACGACAGCAUCGAACGGCCUCAAAUCAGCACACCAACCAUGUGCUGGCCGAAGCGCAAACUCCCAAUCUAAUGUCACCGUUCCGUCCGGUUAUGUUUGUGCUGGAGGUGUUCGAUGAUGGUCGGGUGGAGGUGUGUCUCCAUGGACAAACGAUGCCCUUCCUAUCGUUCACCGACAGCAACCGUACACCGGUGAACUAUAUGGCGUUUACCAAAUGGGAAUAUAAUUUGAUUUUCUUCUACGAUUGUCCGCUGUAGGGUGCCUGCGUAACGAACGGUUGAUUCUCCUAGCAAGGGAGAAAGUCCCCGGUUUUAUGAUUUACUUCAACAACGGUUAUCGUAAACUAAACGUUUGUUAAAAUAAUAUUAGCACAAAAUAAACUUUCUGAUAUCAUAGUUAUUAAA